AGAGGAGGUGACUCUCCGGCAGCAUUUAGACACAACGAAAGGAUCAUGGCGGAUGGCCCCAGGUGUAAGCGCAGAAAACAGGCGAACCCGAGGAGGACCAACGUGACUAACUACAACAAUGUGGUGGAGGCUGGUUCAGACUCAGACGAUGAGGACAAGCUGCACAUUGUGGAGGAGGAGAGCAGCCUGGUGGAUGGGGCCGACUGCGACAGCACCCUGCCUGACGACGAGCACCCCAGCGUGCACAGCUGGGACCCAGUGAAGGGGGAUUGUGCGUCAGAUGGAGAAGACGACUUGAGUGCGGACGCCCUGGUGGAGGAGAUGCUCCAACAGGGAGACACGGCCGUCAUCUAUCCCGAGGCUCCAGAUGACGAUCUCCAGCGUCAAGGCACCCCCGACGCCAGCGUCCACGAUGAGAACGGAACUCCUGAUUCGUUCUCCCAGCUGCUCACAUGCCCRUACUGUUCACGAGGCUACAAGCGCUACAGCUCCCUGAAGGAGCACAUCAAGUACCGACACGAGAAGACAGAAGAGAGCUUCAGCUGUCCGGAGUGCAGCUACAGCUUUGCAUACCGCGCGCAACUGGAGCGACAUUUGGCCGUUCACAAGAGUGGGCGAGAUCAGAGGCACAUCACACAGUCUGCAGGCAACCGGAAGUUCAAGUGUACUGAAUGUGGCAAAGCAUUUAAAUACAAGCACCACCUGAAGGAGCACCUGCGUAUUCACAGUGGAGAGAAACCAUACGAGUGCUCCAACUGCAAGAAGCGCUUCUCCCACUCAGGCUCGUACAGCUCCCACAUCAGCAGUAAGAAGUGCAUCAGUCUAAUCUCCGUUAACGGCAGACAACGCUUAGGGAGCUCCAGAAACCAGUCCCAGGGUCCAUCGCUGAAUCUGCCCUCGUUACCUUCAGUCCACUGCAGUCCGAUCCGGGAGAAACUGGAGCAGAGCAAACCCCUGCAGGAACAGCUGCCCCUCAACCAGAUCAAGACCGAACCUGUGGACUAUGAGUACAAGCCAGCAGUGAUGGCACCCGCCGUCACUGCAGUGGGUGGUGGGGUGUUCAGUGGGGGUGCUGCAGCUCCUCUGCAGGGUACAGUGCAGGCGGUGGUCCUGCCCACAGUGGGGCUGGUCUCACCCAUCAGCAUCAACCUGGCCGACCUGCAGAAUGCUCUCAAGGUUGCGGUGGACGGUAAUGUCAUCCGCCAGGUGCUGGAAAACAAAGGCCAGGUGAACUCUGGGUUAACCACUGGAAAUCUCCACCAAACACAGCAACAGCUCAUCUCAGCCAUCAGUCUGCCAAUCGUGGGUCAGGACGGAAACGCAAAAAUCAUUAUAAACUACAGUCUGGAUCCUAACCGGGGCCAAUUUACAGCCCACAAUCUGAAGAAAGAGCAAAUGUCACCAACUCAGACUGCUGCUGACAUGUUCAAGUUCCAAAAACUCCCCGAGGAUCUAACUGUCAGAGGCAGCAGGGCUCACGAGACAAAAGAAAAAGAGGAAAAGACCACUAAAACGUGUCUCCUGUGUGACAACUGUCCUAGAGGGUUGGAAGCAUUCCAUGCCCUCAAGCACUGCAAGACAGAUGGUGUCAGGCUAAACGGAGCAGGCUUGGAUAAAUCUGAGUCUGCCGUUGCUGCCCUGCUGUCAGAUGGAGGACUCUGCAACCAGCCUAAGAACGUCUUGUCCCUACUCAAGGCCUACUUUGCCUUAAAUGCAGAACCAACCAAGGAUGAACUGGCCAAAAUCUCUGACUCGGUGAGUCUGCCAAUUCACGUGGUUAAGAAGUGGUUUGACAAAAUGCAAGAAGGUCAGAUAUCCCUGGGUGCGCCAACACCUCCCUCAGAAGAGGAGGACUCCUGUGAAGCUCACACCGUUGUGUCUCUUGUCCCAGGAAAAGACACAGCCACUAUAAACCCCUCUUUGAGCCAGGACAGCCCGACAGAGGCCACACCAGCGGAGGUCAAUGGCACCCACAUCUCUCCAGCCUCCCCUACGCCACUAAACCUUAAAGAUGGUGGUCCCAUCCAAGCUGAUACCCCCCAGAGCACUGAGGGACCCCUGGACUUGUCGCUGCCAAAGCAAGCUAGAGAGGAAGUGGAAAAAGGGGUGCCUACAGCCCACAUUUACCCCCCAGCUUCCUCUAGCUCUAACAAAGUGGAAGAACCCCUGAACUUAACUUGCACAAAGAAAGACACAUCACCACUGUCGGCCAUAGGGGGCAGCCCCGUCGCACUGUACGCCAGCCAGUCAUGUGCCAAACCCCUCGACAUUGUUACCACAAUGCAAUGUCUAAGAGCACUGUCCACCAACAAUAAACAGACUAUCCUGAUCCCUCAGCUGGCUUACACUUAUACCACUACAGCUAACAGCCCUGCAGGGACUGAGAUGGACGAGACCCUCCACCUCAAUGGAAUCAAGGAGGAGAGGCAAGACAUGGGCUCCAUGGAUGAGCAGAACGACUCCGACUCCGGCCAGGCGAGGAAGAAAAUGAAGAAGACCGACAGCGGCAUGUACGCCUGCGACUUGUGUGACAAGAUCUUCCAGAAGAGCAGCUCUCUGCUGAGACACAAAUACGAACACACAGGGAAGCGACCUCAUGAAUGCGGCAUCUGCAGUAAAGCUUUCAAACACAAACACCACCUGAUCGAACACAUGCGGCUCCACUCGGGGGAGAAACCGUACCAGUGCGACAAGUGCGGCAAACGCUUCUCCCACUCCGGCUCCUACUCCCAGCACAUGAACCAUCGCUACUCCUACUGCAAAAAGGAGACGCAGAGCCAGGCGGGAGGCGGGGAGAGCCCCGAGGAGGACGGCGAGGCCCCGGCUGAGUAUCAGAGGCCGCUUGCAACGCCCCCCUUGCUGGACUCAGACGAGCGAGGGAGCAGCACCAGAGAGGACGAGGAGAGCGAAGAAGAGGAAGAGGAGGAGGGCGUGGUGGACAUGAAUGACAUCCAAGUGGUGCAGAUAGGAGAUGAGGGGGGAGACGAGGAGACGGAGGAGCAGGAGGAGGCGGAGAGAGUUUUGGAGGACAGAGGAGGACAGGAAGAGGCGAACACGAGACAGGUGUUCUGA